AACCGCAUGCAUGAAUCAAUGAAGCUUUUUGACAGCAUCUGCAACAACAAAUGGUUCACAGAUACAUCUAUCAUCCUCUUUCUAAACAAGAAGGACAUAUUUGAGGAGAAAAUUAAGAAAUCUCCAUUGUCUCUCUGCUUUCCUGAGUAUACAGGCCCAAACUUAUUCACGGAGGCGGUGGCUUACAUCCAGGCUCAGUAUGAGAGCAAGAACAAGUCCACCAACAAGGAGAUCUACACGCACAUCACCUGCGCCACCGACACCAACAACAUCCAGUUCGUCUUUGACGCGGUCACGGAUGUCAUCAUCGCCAACAACCUGCGGGGCUGCGGACUCUACUAA